AUGGAUUACAACCACGGUCUUUCCAAUAACCCCUUUCUUGAAGUUGAUGGAGCCUUUAACUUCCGUGGCGUUGGUGGAUACAGAAGCACUCUCUCCCCCGAUGCAGUCAUACGCGAAGGCUUGAUCUACCGCACAGGUCACCUAAGUGAUGUGACUAGUGCUGGCUGGCACACCGUGAAGAGUUUAGGAGUUUCGACAAUUAUCGACAUGACCAGUCCCGGAGAAGUGGAAAUUUUCACCGGGGCCCCGGACAAGACGCUCAGCCCCCUCGGCAUUGAGACGCUACACUUACCUUUGAAACAGGGUGUGUUCUCUAUGGCAAGACAAGUGAGGAAGUAUCAGGUAUAUCGAAGCACCGGACCUGAGGUUAUCGCAGAAGGAUACCUGAACCUGCUGGAAGUAGGAUCGGCCAUUAUCCGACGGGUCCUGGAGCAUUUUCGAGACAACGCCGGUGGUUGCCUUAUCCACUGCGCGAUGGGGAAAGACCGGACAGGUGUUAUCGUAGGCUUAUUGCUUUCACUCGCAGGGGUUCCACAUGAUACCAUCGCAGAUGAAUUCAGUCUAAGUGAAGCCCACCUCGAACACUUGCAACCGAGAAUCGCCGAUAUUGUGGAGUCGAUCGACCCAAACGAGGAAGACCCCUUGGGGAUAGCGAAGAUGGCGACGGAGUGUCGGAGGGACGUUAUGGCUUUGACCCUCCAAUGUGUUGACGAAAGAUACGGCGGUAUUGGCCAAUAUGCACAGGAUCACUGCGGUUUUUUAGCUGAGGAGAUCGCCCGUAUCAGGCAAAACAUGCUCUGCCCAAAAAUUAUGCGCUAG